AUGGAUAGACGCACUCCUUACACUCUGAGCGUUCUUGCGCCCAGUACAAAUGGUGCUGAUGAGUCAAAAACUGCCAUUCAAAAUAAAUUAAAGGACUUUGUGCUACAAUUCCAGCUGGACAAUGCAUUCAUCUACCGAGAUCAAUUACGGCAGAAUGUGCUUGUGAAGCAAUACUAUUGUGAUAUUGAUAUCGCCCACCUUAUCUCCUUCAAUGAGGAGUUAGCACACAAACUUACCACAGAGCCCGCUGAUAUCAUUCCUUUGUUUGAAUUAGCUCUGCAGGAUUGCACUCGUCGCAUUGUCUACUCUGGUGACCGAGACAUCACCCUUCCCUCCCACCAACUGCUUCUCCACUCCUCAGCAUCGCAUAUUUCCAUCCGCGACCUGAACGCCACUAAUAUUUCUCACCUUGUCCGUAUUCCUGGUAUCGUCAUCGGAGCUUCCACCAUCUCAUCAAAGGCGACCAUUGUUCAUAUCCGUUGCAAGAACUGCGAUCACAGCGAAAACAUCCAUGUUGACGGUGGAUUUGCCGGUCUGACCCUCCCAAGACGGUGUGGACGACACAAGGAGCCCGGCGACCAGCCUGGUGAGGAAUGCCCCCUUGACCCCUAUGUGGUGCACCAUGAGAAAUGCCAGUUUGUGGACCAGCAGGUUCUCAAGCUUCAGGAGGCCCCUGACCAGGUGCCGGUCGGUGAGUUGCCCCGCCAUGUCCUGAUUUCUGCCGACCGAUACCUUGCGAACCGAGUCGUCCCCGGUUCGCGCUGUACCGUGAUGGGUAUUUUCUCGAUUUAUCAGGCAAAGGGCGGCAAGAAGGAAGCUGCGGUAGCCAUUCGUAACCCGUACUUGCGUGCUGUUGGCUUGAACACCGAUGUCGAUCAGACUGCCAAGGGUAAUUCAAUUUUCUCGGAAGAAGAAGAGCAAGAGUUUUUGGAGCUGAGCCGUCGGCCUGACCUGUAUGAGGCUAUGGCUCGCAGCAUUGCUCCGUCAAUCUACGGAAAUGCCGACAUCAAGAAGGCCAUCGUUUGUCUUCUGAUGGGUGGCUCAAAGAAGAUCCUGCCUGAUGGAAUGAAGCUUCGUGGUGACAUCAACGUUCUCAUGCUGGGUGAUCCUGGUACUGCCAAAUCCCAACUGUUGAAGUUCGUUGAAAAGGCGGCUCCAAUUGCCAUCUAUACCUCCGGAAAGGGUUCUUCAGCGGCCGGUUUGACUGCCUCUGUGCAGCGCGAUCACACCACUCGCGAGUUCUACCUGGAAGGUGGUGCCAUGGUUCUUGCUGAUGGCGGUGUGGUUUGUAUUGAUGAGUUCGAUAAGAUGCGUGAUGAAGAUCGUGUGGCUAUUCACGAAGCUAUGGAGCAGCAAACCAUUUCCAUUGCUAAGGCCGGUAUUACAACCAUCCUCAACUCCCGAACAUCAGUCUUGGCCGCCGCCAACCCGGUCUUUGGCCGAUAUGAUGAUUUGAAGACCCCGGGCGAGAACAUCGAUUUCCAGACUACCAUUCUGUCCCGUUUCGAUAUGAUUUUCAUUGUUCGGGACGAUCAUGAGCGUGGCCGUGAUGAGAGAAUUGCUCGUCACGUCAUGGGUGUUCACAUGGGCGGUCGUGGUAUGCAGGAGCAGGUCGAAGCCGAGAUUCCGGUCGAUCAGAUGAAGCGCUAUAUCAGCUACUGCCGAAGUCGCUGUGCUCCUCGUCUUUCACCCGAGGCCGCUGAAAAACUCUCUUCCUACUUCGUCUCCAUCCGAAAGCAAGUUCACCGAAGCGAGAUUGAGUCCAACGUCAAAUCAUCUAUCCCCAUUACUGUGCGUCAACUUGAGGCUAUUGUCCGUAUCACCGAGUCUCUAGCCAAGCUAUCCCUCUCUCCCAUUGCCACUGAGGCCCACGUGGAUGAGGCCAUCCGACUUUUCCUUGCCUCAACUAUGGAUGCUGUCACCCAGGGCGAUGGCCAAGGCAAUAAGGAUCUCAUGCAAGAAGCUUCCAAGAUUGAAGACGAGCUCAAGCGCCGUCUUCCUGUCGGAUGGAGUACCAGCCUGGCGACACUUCGUCGUGAUUUCGUCGAUGGCAAGGGUUAUACCGAGCAAGCUCUCAACCGCGCCAUCAUCGUGUUGCAGCGGAGAGAAACCAUCCAGAUUCGCUCCGGUGGUUCACAAAUCUACCGAAACACUGCAUAG